AAGAAACAUUCAUUGCAUAGUACUGAGUGAAUCAAAUAUUAAAUUCCACGACAUUAUUAUAAAUAAAUCGAUGUAAACAGGUCAUUUCACUUGCUCUUGUUCAAACACUUCAGGGAAACCAGAAGAGCAGCAGAGCACUAAUUAACAGGUUUGAUCCACAAAUAUGGCAGAGGAUAAGACUGGAAUAGCAAAGGAUGUCACUGAAUUAAUUGGUAAAACUCCAUUGGUAUACUUGAACAAUGUUGUUGAUGGUUGUGUUGCACGUGUUGCGGCCAAGCUGGAGAUUAUGGAGCCAUGCUCCAGUGUCAAGGACAGGAUUGGUUAUAGUAUGAUCAAAGAUGCUGAGGAGAAAGGCCUCAUCAAUCCGGGAGAGAGCAUCCUGAUUGAACCUACAAGCGGUAACACGGGGAUAGGCCUGGCGUUCAUGGCUGCCGCUAAAGGUUACAAGCUUAUCAUCACCAUGCCUGCUUCUAUGAGUCUUGAACGCAGAAUUAUUCUCCGUGCUUUUGGUGCCGAGUUGGUGCUCACGGAUCCUGCCAAGGGAAUGAAAGGUGCUGUUCAGAAGGCUGAAGAGAUACGAGAUAAAACUCCCAAUUCCUACAUCCUUCAGCAAUUUGAAAACCCUUCCAACCCAAAGAUUCACUACGAAACCACGGGACCUGAAGUCUGGAAAGGAACCAGUGGAAAGAUUGAUGCUUUUGUUUCUGGAAUUGGUACUGGAGGCACAAUUACUGGUGCGGGAAAAUAUCUUAAAGAACAGAAACCUGGCGUAAAGCUAUAUGGCAUUGAACCAGUGGAAAGUCCUGUUCUUUCUGGAGGAAAGCCAGGUCCACACAAGAUCCAAGGAAUUGGAGCAGGUUUUAUCCCUGGUGUUUUGGAUGUUAACCUCAUUGAUGAAGUGAUUCAAAUUUCAAGCGACGAGGCCAUCGAGACUGCUAAGCGCCUUGCAUUGAAAGAGGGGUUAUUUGUGGGAAUAUCAUCUGGUGCGGCAGCAGCAGCUGCCAUUAAGAUUGCGAAGCGACCGGAAAAUGCUGGAAAACUCAUUGUUGUUGUUUUUCCAAGCUUUGGCGAACGGUAUCUUUCUUCUGUGCUCUUUGAGUCGGUAAGAAAAGAGGCGGAGAGCAUGACUUUUGAGCCGUGAAGCCUUGUUCUGGCAUCACAACGAUAGGAUUUGAUGCCAUAGCACAACAAAUUAGUGUGUGCAAAACGAUGUCGUUAGAUGGACAACUUCAGCUUUCUUCGAGUAGUUGGAUGAAUCGAGUGAUAUUAGAUGGAUAGUUUCAUAUUUAUAUCAAUGACCCUAUUGAAUUUUAUUCUACCA